CUGUGGGCAGCCAGGGGACGCUGCGCCUGCGCGAUGGUUCUCCACUGCCUACUGUGGCGUCGGUGUUCCUGAGCCCCCGGGUUGGUGGUGGUCGGUGGUGGCAGAGAUGACCCAAGCCGAAAAGGGGGACGCGGAGAACGGGAAGGAGAAGGGCGGGGAGAAGGAGAAGGAGCAGCGCGGCGUGAAGCGGCCCAUCGUGCCCGCACUGGUCCCCGAGUCGCUGCAGGAGCAAAUCCAGAGCAACUUUAUUGUCGUCGUACACCCAGGCUCAACAACGUUAAGAAUCGGCCGAGCCACAGACACGCUCCCGGCCAGCAUUCCUCACGUCAUUGCCCGGAGACACAAACAGCAAGGGCAGCCCCUGUACAAGGACAACUGGCUCCUAAGGGAAGGACUAAAUAAACCUGAAAGUAAUGAACAAAGACAAAAUGGCCUUAAAAUGGUGGACCAGGCAAUAUGGUCUAAAAAAAUGUCAAACGGUACAAGGCGGAUCCCUGUGUCACCAGAACAGACACGCUCCUACAACAAGCAGAUGCGACCUGCCAUUCUGGAUCACUGUUCUGGAAACAAAUGGACAAACACGUCUCACCAGCCUGAGUAUUUGGUAGGAGAGGAGGCUUUGUAUGUCAACCCCCUGGACUGUUACAACAUUCACUGGCCUAUCAGAAGGGGUCAGUUGAAUAUCCACCCGGGUCCUGGAGGCUCCCUAACAGCUGUUCUGGCGGAUAUUGAAGUGAUAUGGUCUCACGCGAUACAGAAGUAUUUGGAAAUCCCACUGAAAGAUUUAAAGUAUUACAGGUGCAUCUUGUUAAUCCCAGACAUCUAUAACAAACAGCACGUUAAAGAGCUGGUCCACAUGAUACUGAUGAAGAUGGGCUUCGCAGGGAUCGUGGUCCAUCAGGAGUCAGUGUGUGCCACGUUUGGGAGUGGCUUAAGCAGCACCUGUGUUGUAGACGUCGGGGACCAGAAAACAAGUGUGUGCUGUGUAGAAGAUGGGGUGUCUCAUCGGAACACACGGCUUUGCCUGGCCUACGGGGGCUCCGACGUGUCCAGGUGUUUUUACUGGCUCAUGCAGAGAGCAGGAUUCCCUUACAGAGAGUGCCAGUUAGCAAAUAAAAUGGACUGCCUCCUCUUGCAGCACCUUAAAGAGACCUUUUGUCAUUUGGAUCAGGACAUCUCCGGGCUUCAGGACCAUGAGUUUCAGAUUCGGCACCCGGACUCCCCUGCCCUGCUUUACCAGUUUCGUUUGGGAGAUGAAAAGCUCCAGGCUCCAAUGGCGCUGUUUUACCCAGCAACCUUUGGAAUCGUCGGACAGAAAAUGACAACUUUGCAGCACAGGUCCCAGGGAGAUCCUGAGGAUCCUCAUGAUGAGCAUUACCUGCUGGCCACACAGAGCAAGCAAGAACAGUCUGCAAAAGCUACUGCUGACCGCAAGUCUGCAUCCAAACCCAUUGGAUUUGAAGGGGAUCUCCGUGGCCAGUCCUCUGAUCUUCCAGAGAGACUCCAUUCCCAGGAGGUGGACUUGGCUUCUUCACAGAGAGACUGUUUGAUGGCUGGCAAUGAGUCUGAGGAAGCCCUCACUGCACUGAUGUCCAGGAAAACUGCCAUCUCACUGUUUGAGGGAAAAGCCCUAGGCCUUGAUAAGGCCAUCCUGCACAGCGUGGACUGUUGCUCAUCCGACGAUACUAAAAAGAAGAUGUAUAGCUCUAUCCUGGUGGUGGGAGGCGGUUUGAUGUUUCAUAAAGCUCAAGAGUUUCUCCAGCACAGAAUUCUCAACAAAAUGCCACCUUCAUUCAGGCGAAUUAUUGAAAAUGUGGAUGUGAUCACAAGGCCCAAGACGUAAAUCCUGGUUUAUUUGCUGUUGACUGAGCAGGGGUCCCAACCCCACAUGCAGAAGAGACGUUGUCUGUGUCUUACCUGCCUUUGCUGAAACACCGCUCUCUUUGUGUAGGACAUGGAUCCCCGGCUGAUUGCGUGGAAGGGGGGUGCAGUGUUGGCAUGUUUGGACACCACUCAGGAACUGUGGAUUUACCAGCGAGAGUGGCAACGCUUUGGUGUCCGAAUGCUACGGGAACGAGCUGCCUUUGUGUGGUGAAAACCACAACCAUGUCUCUGGACAUAAAGACUUAAAGAGUGUAUGUAUUUUAAGUUAUUGAGCUUGAAGCUUGAUUUUCCUAGAAUUAAAUUAAUUCAAUUUUAUGUGAAA